AUGGACGUGCAGCCGCCACGUGACGCCAGUUUACGCAAUAUUAUUGACAAACUGGCGGAGUUUGUGGCCAGGAAUGGGCCGGAAUUCGAGGCCAUCACCAAGCAGAAGCAGCAGAACAACCCCAAGUUCGAGUUCCUGUACGGCGGGGAGUUUGCCAGCUACUACCAAUUUAGGGUGGCAGCGGAACAGACGCUGCUAAAGCAGCAGGGGAUUAACCAACAACUGCCACCGGGUGGACAAUCGGGCCACUACAUGCAGCAACCGCCGCCAAUGCAGCAAUCCCAGCCACCUGGCCACUACCCGCCACCCAAUCAGCAGUCGCAGCACCCACAGCACCCGCCGGAAAACGCACAAGAUAAUAUGCAACAGCAGCAGCACUCCUGGAAUCCCAACUCUGGCAACGGAGGACCGCCAAAUAUUCAGCAGGCCAAUGGCAAUGCCAUGGCCAUGAAUCUUAACUCACAACUGGACGCCAUCAAGAUGCAGCAGAAGACGCUGCGGGAACAGAUCAAGCAAUCCGAAGCGAAUCUCUCCGCACAGCACACGGUAAUUUAA